AUGGCCUUUACCAUCCCCACCACCAUGGCCACUCCCGCCUGGUCUGCCGCCGAUGGUAAGCGAUUCCUAGCUCUCGAGGCAGAAUUCAAUAAGACCUCGUGGCCGUUCACCGUUGCGGGUUCCAUCCCCCUCGAGGACCUUGAGGGUCUUGGGCUCUACUACUCCAGGCCCCCUGUAGAUAACCAAACUGAUUGCGACCCCAAUUGGUCCUUGAACGUGAACAGGAUGCGUAAAAAGCUCCAACAGCAUCCACACCGGUUGCCUGCCCGUGCCCGUAUGCAGAACAGGAACAUCGACUUCGUGGCAACCACCAAAUUUGAUGUUUUCAGUGGGCAGCGGGACUUGGGUUGGGGAUUGGACGUGUUGGCAAACAUCAUCAACGACUCGCGUGCCUACAUUGACCCAAUCUGGGUCACUAAGCCUGUUCACUUCGACAUGUCAAACAGGUACACGACAAAUGGCAACGAGGCCGCAUUCAUCUAUGUCUCCCUGGCGAUUGCCCUUGAGGUUCCGGAGUGGAGCAAGCGUAAUGCCGCCAAGAUGGAGGACGGGGAUGCGGAGGAGAAGGGGGAGACGGAGGAGAUGGAGGAGAAGGCUUAG